AUGUCUUUCACCGAGAAAGUAAAGGAUUUUGAGCAGUUCCAUAAGAGCAAGACGGUAAGAGUGGUGCAGGGGAGUGUCGGUGGUAGGCCCACAAGAAUGCUUCUCGAUAAGGACUAUAGCGGUGUAUAUAUGAGCAGGGAACAUGCAUUGAAGCAGAGUUAUAUCAGCAAAUCGACAAUACCCGGAUCUUACGGAUAUCUGGGGCUCAUAAACAUUGGUGAGAUCACAAUCGAGGUGGCUGGGAAGAAGGUGUUAUUACCAGUGUUUUUAAGUGAGUUGACAAAGACGCAAGAGACAUUAGAUGGUAGUAAGUGGGAUGUUAUACUAGGCAGAUCAUUCUUCGAGAAGCGCAAAGCCAAGUUGGAUAGCUUCGACAAGAGGAUUGUUACUUUCGGAGACGACAACGAUAAAAUGAUUGAAUGUGGAUUGGUACAAUUGAAAGAAAGUCCAAUUUGA